AUGGAGACAAAAGAGCCAGCCGUGUCGUCCCCUUCCCAGGAAGAGCACGAUACUGCUGUUGAUGGCAAACGCCCACCUCCAUUACUGGCUAAGAUCUUUGCUGUAUUCCUCAUCUCAUGUAUCAGUUUUGGCUCUCAUUGGAGCUCUGGAAUAACAGGGGCCAUGAAAAGCACCAUCAAAAAGCAAAUGCAUGUCUCCAACACCGAAUUUUCCCUCUUGGAGGCCAGCGAGGAUUUCAUGGCGACGGUGCUCUUGUUAAUCAGUGGAGUCAUCACAGAUCGAAUCGGAGGUGCAGAGAUGAUUAUUUACGGCAAUGUCGUAUAUACCAUCGGGUCGAUCCUCGUUGCUGCAGCUACCACAGUGCGCUCGUUUAACUUCAUGAUUGGGGGUCGAGUCAUCCUAGCCUUUGGAGAUAUUGCAACCCAGGUCGCCCAGUACAAGAUGUUCUCUUCAUGGUUUCCCCCAAGCAAUGGGUUUGCUUCUACUCUUGGCUUUGAGUUAGCGAUUGGAAAGAUUGGUGGAUUCGUUGGCAAAUCGACUGCUAAUGUCAUUGCCAAGAAAACUGGAAACUUUGCUUGGGUCUUUUGGACCUCUGUCUUUAUGAACCUGUUCACCAACGCUGCAACAGUCAUAUUCUGGUUCUUCAACCGCUACUGCAAUAUCCAUUACAGAGGAAGACAGGACACGGCCAGUAAGGAGGUUCUGACUGAGAAGAACAAGAAGUUCGAACUUCAGAAAGUGUUCCAGCUCCCUUGGAUGUUCUGGGCUGUCAUGGCAUUCUCCUUAUUCCAGACAACCACUGCCUUGGUCUUUAGCCAGAAUGCAACCGAGCUGGCGGAGAAGCGCUUCAACGUGGAUUCAAUUACAGCAGGAUGGUACAGUUCUCUGUCGCAAUAUGCAGGUUUCUUUUUGGUCCCAUGUCUGGGUGUCUUUAUUGAUGUCCUAGGCAACCGCGCGAGUGUUUUAUGCGUCUGUGGGAUCGGAAUGUUCCUCAGUAUGGUUCUGGUCAACUUCGCCGAGACCAAGUCUGGAACGGCCGCUUCGUUUGGAAUAUAUGCCGUUGCCGUGUCGUUUGGCCCAACUUCCAUCAUUGACAGCAUUCGCACAACGCUAUGGCAUCAAUCCGUCUUUGGCUCUGCUUAUGCCCUCAAAGUUACGAUGAACAAUGCGAUGAACAUCAUCAUCCGAAUCAUUACCGGAGCACUGCAAGACGCUGACGACGACUCGUAUCACCGCGUGGUCCGCGUCUACCUUUUCCUCGCCGCAGCUUCUGUUGUUGUUGGCUUGGCGAUAUUGGUCGGGGCUCUGAUGACGGACAGCCUGGCGCCGCUCCAAUGGACAAGGAAACAACGGCUGACCUUAGGCCCAGAGCAUAUUAGCAUGAUCCGUGAGCGGCACACAGUGACAUGCUAUGCUCGCAACAAAUCUAUCUCUAUCUACUGCUUCACGGCGCUUCUGUUACUGACUGUUGGGGGCUGGGUGGCUUACAUUUGGGGAGCGGUCACAGGUAGCAACUCAUAG